UCCUGUUUGUAGUAAACAUCUGCUAUUUUUAACCCGCUGUCUGAUAACUCAUUUCCGGUCCGAGUUGUUUUUAUGGUAUAGAUUCUCUGCUGUCUGACUCAUGUUCUAUAACUCUGAACAGGAAGUGGACCAUUAAGUGAUACAACACAGAACUCAAACCAGUUUCAGACAGAGUGUGUGAUGUAACACACCCGCCGUCAUCCUCGGGUUGUUUUUGAGGACAGAACAGGGCGUGGUCUCUGGGGUCUUUUAAAAAACCCUCCCACAGUCAAGAAGGAGAACAGGAGCUGCAUUUCAGGGAAGAUCUUCAGCUCGUGCAGAACCACAGAUCUCCAACACUUCACGCGUACACUCCGGACAUGUCUGACCCAGCAGUGGACAGUGACGCACAGGGCGCGAGGCGGCAGAAGACCGUACACGAAGCAAAGGACCACAAGUUCAAGGCGCACUUCUUCAAGCAGCCCACCUUCUGCUGCCACUGCUCCGGAUUACUCUGGGGUUUGAACAAGCAGGGUUUCCGGUGCCAAGAAUGCUGCUUUGUGGUACACAAGCGCUGCCAUGAGAGUGUCAAAUUCUCCUGCCCAAAAGUGGACAAUGGGCCUCAAUCUGAGGAUCCCUGCAGUAAACACAAAUUUAAGAUUCGCACUUUCUACCGACCCACUUUCUGUGAGCACUGCGGGUCUCUAAUCUACGGACUCAUACACCAGGGCAUGAAAUGUGGCACCUGCAAGAUGAACUUUCAUAAGCGAUGCGUGAAAAACGUCCCAAAUCAGUGUGGGAUGAACCGUACCCCAGCCAUAACCAAUGAGUAGAACUGCACUUAAAUGUAUCCUCUGUUGAUUUAAUGACACUAUGAGGACUUCAUAUAGCCGGGGUGAACUCUGCUCUUAUGCUUUACUGUAUGUCAUGCUUUGUAGCUGUGUUGUGUGUGUGUGUGUGUGUGUGUGUGUGUGUGUAGAUGUUAGUGUUAGUGUAUUAACUCUAAGUGUACUUUUUUAUUGAUUGGAUAACCACUCGUCAUUAGAUCAGAUCCUGAAACGAGUGUACAGAUUUUAAAAUACAGACGAGAACACGCAAAUGAACAAUGAUGGAAAAAUAUCUACAAUUUUGUAGCUUUUGAGAUUUUAUACGCAUUUAACUAUAAAAUAUCUGCUUGUUAUUGAUUUAUUUUACUAAUGAGCUUCUUGUGUAAAAAUUUGCUUUACAAUAUCCGAAUGCUUUUUUUGUACAGCAGAUUUCAAAGGUUUGUUUCUAAUAAACACAUUUUUAACAACA